AUGGCCUCUCGUGUCUUCGCCUCUCGUCUGGCCACCCAGAUGGCCACCAAGGCUGCUCGCCCUGCCAUCCGAGCCCCGGUUGCUGCUGCUUCCAAGCGCACCAUCACUGGCUCUGCCAGCCCUCUCCAGACCCUCAAGCGCCAGCAGGCCACCACCCUCCUCCUGGCCACCUCCCGAAAUGCUUUCCAGGUCCAGCGCCGUGCCUACUCCUCUGAGAUCGCCCAGGCCAUGGUUGAGGUCUCCAAGAACUUGGGUAUGGGCUCUGCCGCCAUUGGUCUGACUGGUGCUGGUAUUGGUAUCGGUCUCGUUUUCGCCGCUCUCCUGAACGGUGUUGCCCGUAACCCUGCCCUCCGCGGUCAGCUUUUCUCUUAUGCCAUCUUGGGUUUCGCUUUCGUCGAAGCCAUCGGUCUUUUCGACCUUAUGGUUGCCCUGAUGGCCAAGUUCCAUGAAUCUGACCGCAAUAUCCAGACUUAA